AUGUCUAUUCUCGGAUUCCCCGAACUUUACAUAGGUACAGAAGUUACCUUCGCCACACCAUCACUCCAGAAGUGGGUUAUCGAGGAGAAACUGACCGAGGAUGUUCAACAAAUGACAAAGUGGGAACUUGAUGGUGGCGCUGGGCCUCCAUUUGCCGUGUUUAAAUGUCUCUGUCACAGUGCGGCAGACAGCGACAAGAAGGCGUUCAUGCGAAUCUAUUUCCAGGUUCCUAUUGAAGGAACUGGGUACGAACGCCCCGAGGAAAACAAGGCAAUGAUGGAUGGCCUGGUCCCAGAUGGAUACAUUACACAUAUUGUGUGGGAUAAGGUCCCCGGGAAGUCACUGAACCAGGAUAAAGUCUGGGAUCCUACAUCUGGUCCAUUACGUGAGGCCGUCCGUGCGAAGUUCCGCGUUGUCUGGGAGCACAUUGCAGGCUUCCGAGAAUCUGCCUCCCUUGACCCCGAAGAGAAAUUUACAGAUAUGACCUUUGUCGGCUGGGGCUUGGCUAUACCAUCUAGGAAGGCCGGUUGGGACAAGGACAGUACUAAAUGGGCUUGGUGA